AUGAUUCGACUGGUGGCGAGCGCCAGAGUAGUCAGCAGACGAAGAAAUCCAAGAGGUCCUGCAAAGGCAAAUCCAACAAUUACUAGUCCCGAAUCUUUUGCAGCUCCUGUUGUGGAUAACAAAGGGGAAGCUACCCUGUUGACCGGCCACCCUGAGGUUCGCAAUGCUGUACAGGAGAUGUUCAGUCGAUCAAGUUUUGACUUGUUUAUUCUUAUAUGGACGCAAUAUCACGAGCUUCGGAUCGGAAUGCCCAGCUGCGAGGACCCUUCUCCAUGGCCGAAGAUAAUCGUGCUUCCAAAGCUGGAAGAAGAAUACACUUGUUACACAAGACUGAUGAGCGUGUUGUCAGCACCUGCACAUUCACAGACGCUACUUUGCUACCCUUAUGUGGUCUGCAUUGCUAGGCUCAAACUUGCCCGAGAAUAUUACAGGCUUUAUCCCGAGCACCCGGGCCUAGAAAAUAGACUGAGAAGGGCCUUGGGCCCAGCUUCAAAGUAUCAAGGGGAACACAACCUACUCAGAUCGUACCUCGUGGGAAAAUCCAAUGAGCAGAGAGACACGGUGCCAACAGCUGUUGGGCAGGAGCGGCUGGAGAACGGUUUGAGAAUUGAGCUUGCAAAGGGGAUGAGCAAUUCUUUCUCGCGGGGGCUUUCGGUCGAGGGAUCUUGGUCUUGA